CACGAGCACCCUGCAUUGGUUUAUUUUCUCACUACUACAGUCCAAAUUCUUAUUCUACAACACAAAUGUUCGCGCUGAGGUCGCUCGGAAAGAUGGUGUGGGGCAGCAAGGAUAGCCCCGAGGUAUACAAAAUUGACGCAGGCGCUCUAUACGAGGUGCGGCCGGGCACACGUGUGCCGCGCAAGUGCCUAUUCAACGACGCCGAACUCGUGAUCCGGCGCACCACAGUCCCAUUCAACUACCAGCUAGUGGCAGUGCGUGUAUUUGAGGAGGGCGAAGAGGACCUGGCCGACAACGGGCAGGCGCUGGACAAUGAGCGCGCAUUCCUUAUUGGCACCGAGCUGCGGUUUACCAGCGCUACAGUCGACGACUCUGCUGGGUUCAAGUGGGAGGACGCGAGCGAGAUGGCCCAUGUACACUACGAGUUUGCUAGCGACGCCAGCAGCGUGACGCCAGAGAAGCGCUCGCAGUUUGCCUUGGCGGUAGCGCGGUGCGUGUGGGAGCGGCAGAACCGCGAGUCGUAUACGGCUGCGGAUCCCGAUGAGAUUGGUCGCAUUGUCACCAUGGUCGAAGACGAGGAGCUGGAGCAGAUUUUGCAGAACGUGCAGAUUGACGACGACGAGCUUGCGGCAUACGAGCAAAGCACGGUGACUAAGCCCAAGAAGGCGAAGAAGCUGUCUGGGCCGCAGUUGCCGCCAGAGCCCAAGAAGAUGAAAACCGGCGACAUCACGCUGUCGGUACUGGGGCAGCUGUAUGUUUUCGAUGCCAGAAAGACCGAGUUUGCUUUGGUCGCAUCCGAGGUGGCCUUGACGGUGGUCAAUCCGGAAAAGUACGAGUACUGGCUUAAUGUCGCCAGCGAUGAGCGCAAGUACGUGUCCCAGGUCAUUGACCCAGGCAUGAACGCGGUGUUCAACCAUGACUUCAUGUCGCUGAUCUGGAACUACUUUGAUGCCAGCGGCAGGGCAUACUCGUUCUCGCUGGUUGCGGCCGACGAAGAGCACUACGAUACUAUGCACCAGGGCAUGACUCGCGCAGCGUACGAGACGCUGAACCAGGAGCCAUGGACAAAGGCAACGGUGUCUUCUCAGGACUACAUGCUGGACGCGUACGAGGAGGAUGUGGCUAUGCCCCAGGCACCCGAGGAGUGGGAUGAGUCUGAGGGAUCAGAUGAAGAGUCCGAGUCGGAGGAAGAUGGUGAUCGCUACGAUCCUAUUCCCGACCGUGUCAAGACCUCGAGGCUGGCUGAGGAGUCUGACGAGACCGACUCUGAAGAUUACGAAUCCGAAUCCGAAGACGAGUCAGAUGAGGAGUCAGACGACGAGGCAUCAACUUCUGGGCCUGGCAGUAGGUCUGGGCAGGCUGAAAACUCGAUGCUAUCGGUGGGCUACAAGAACGACCGCUCCUUUGUCGUGCGUGGCACCAAAAUCGGGGUCUUUAAGCACACUGACGGCGACCAAAUGCUGUUUGAUACGACCAUCAACUCCAUCGAUGACACGCACGGCCGCAAGUUCAUCCCCAAGGCCGCAAUGCUGUCUGAGCAGGACUCGGCUAUGGUUCUGAUGAACCAGCAGAGACCGAAUGAGCUGUACAGGAUGGAUCUUGAGCGCGGCAAGGUCGUCGAGGAGUGGAAGGUACACGAGGACAUUCCGACCGUGGCCAUUGCCCACAACACAAAGUACGGCCAGAUGACGAGCGACAAGACCCUGGUUGGAUUGAGCCACAACCUGAUCUACCGCAUCGAUCCGCGCAUUGGCGGCGACAACCUGGUGGUUGAGGGCGAGAUGCAGGCGUACACGACCAAGAGCCACUUCACGGCUGCCGCAACGACCGAAAGCGGUGCUGUGGUGGUGGGCAGUGAAAAGGGCGAGAUCCGCAUGUUUGACCGCGUCGGAGUGCGUGCCAAGACCGUUCUGCCGGCCCUGGGCGAGCCGAUCAUCGGCAUUGACGUGACGUCAGACGGCCGGUACAUCGUAGCAACCUGCAAGAACUAUCUUCUUCUGAUUGACACCCGGAUCCCCGACGACCCAGAGGGCCGCACGGGCUUCGAGAUCUCCUUCCCGAAGCAAAAGAAGCCUGCGCCCAAGCGCCUGCAGCUGAAGCCCGAGCACGUCGUGUACAUGGGCGGACCCGUCAGAUUUACGCCGGCGCGGUUCAACCAGUCGCCCGAGGGCAACAACAUCGAGGACUCGAUUGUGACCAGCACUGGGCCGUUUGUGAUUACGUGGAAUCUGCGGCGGGUGCUGGGCACGGGCCGCGGUGACGCGUACCAUAUCAAGCAGUACAGCGACCGGGUGGUCGCCGAUAACUUUAGGUUUGGGCAGGACAGCGCGAUCGUCGUGACGCUGCCGAACGACGUGCAGACCGUCAAGAGGUCGCAGCUGGCGAAGCCCACGCGCAAGUCGCUGAUGGUGCCAAAGCCCGUGGCCAAGCGGCUGGCGUCGCCCAGGCACGAUAUUGUCGAUUCGCCGUAUUAAUUGAGGGCAAGUGAAGGCCCAGCUCGCUAUCAAUAAAUAUCACAGA